AUGCAGCACAUACCAAAGAAAAUCAAGAUAAAAGCAUUACAUACCCAAAGACUCGCACAAUAUGACCAAUUGAAUGCUGUUCAGCUGAAUUUACCCUCGCGAUCAAACAUCUUUGCCAUCAAUUUUUCAGCUCGUCCAUCACUCGACAAUGAUGAGACUAUAGUCUCAUCUUUCAGAUAUGCUUAA